GACCGCAAAAUCGAGGGGCUUCCAUCGCAACCCUAUGUUUKACACUCCACUGCACAGUACUUACUGAUUUGCUAACUUCGGAUUGCUUUCACGAUGAACGCAAAUGAGAACAGGGAACAGAGACAACCAAGUGUUGGAUCGGCCAGUGCUAGCUCCAGGUUGUAUCAGCUGCUUGCGAUGUUCGUGCUUUGUGGAUGUUUAUCGAUAAAGCAGUUCUUGGGGCUACCUGGUUUUCAGCACAUGCGCGAAAUAGAAUACGAUGCGGUAGCAACGACAAAGCMCGCKUUGRGUAGCCACGCGGAUGAAAACCAAAGCACGGAAACUGCKGGURAUCCUGGUAGCGGCACCCAGAAAACAUUUUACAUGGAUCCUGCUGAAUUGCCGCUCAAACCCCCAUUCCAUUUGAUGCAAUUGGGCACAAUACGGACAGGAAGCACAUUCCAGGUAACUCUAUUAGAUGCAAUUGCAAACUUGAAAACAACACAACAAACCGGCAGUUCGCCAUCGCCCGAGAUUGCUCUGACGAGCAAAUACCCGCCAGAACCCGUAGAUGGAAAAAUCGGGCCGUUUGUUAUCAAAAGCCAUGUUGACGACCUUGAAGGGAUCCAGGAAAUGAUGAGGGAACACAAGGAAAAAUUUGGUAUUUCGAUACAUUUGUUUACCUCUCAUCGAGAGGGCGAUUCUUCUAAUUUCUCAGACCUCUCCUAUUAUGAUCAAGAGCUGUCGAACCUGUACAAUUGUAGCAUGUGCGAAAUCGACAAUUACGCUCCGAUCUUUGGGCUCACCGCGGAAGAUCUUCGGAUAUUGAAAGAGUACAUGAGUCACUUCGAGAUUCUGAGGCAAUGCUGUGGAUUCCAGCAAUCGAAAUACAACCGCUACCGACUSCACGGGUGUAACGUAACAGAACUGCUCCUCAGUAACCCUUCGAUACCCUAUCCGUAUUGCGAACGUCACGACAUAGAACAGGUCGAAACCAAGUUUGCCGCUCUGCCCAUCGACUWCCGUUCGAGAAACUCGAACUACAACUGGGUGAAGCCCGGUGAUUGCGCCAAAUUCGAGAAAAAAAUUACCGAUGGCAAAGACUUCAACGGCGUGGCAUUUGGUACGUGCGAUGCGUUCUUGGAAAAAUACAGUCCCGAAAAGUUAGAGAAAAACCAAAGACAACGUAACAAAAUACUGACGGCCAAACGAAAAAUCGGUCCCACCGAUUCCAAAACAGCAAAGCGUGCGAAACGAAAGAAAUCAGACCGCUUUUAAGGGAACAAGCGUUCUUGUAGCACGCAAUUCAUKGCGUGGGGUUAACUGUAUUGUAUACCAUGUUGUAGUCAUCCCCCAAUGACCCAUCAAAUAAKAGACAAAGAAACGUGGAUAAUACAGUUCUACGUAUUGU